AAGGAUGUUUCAGGAGCAUCUGCCAAGUGAAUUGCCUGUUGUAGCUCAUGCCUUGAAUGUGACCACAACAGCAGCAUGCUGUUCCAGUUCUUGUCGGGACUUCAGUAUAAAUGCAUAUCCUGUGGAAAGCAUAGAAAAUGAACCUGGGAACCUGUGGAAUGAAGUGCACUGUAAUUCUCAAUCCAAGCAGAUGGAAACAUUUCCUUGCAACUUGCUUACUGUAAGAGUCAUACGAAUGAGAAAUCUUCGGCAAGCUGAUGUCUUAAGCCAGUCUGACUGCUAUGUAACCCUUUGGCUACCAACGGCUGCAUGUGAAAAGCUGAAGACAAAAACAAUUAACAAUUGCAAGAACCCUGUUUGGAAUGAAACCUUUUACUAUAGGAUUCAAAGCCAAGUCAAGAAUGUGCUAGAGCUGUCUGUCUUUGAUGAAGAUGCUAUCACUGCAGAUGACCACCUCUUCACUAUAUGCUUUGAUGUAGCUCGGCUUCCUAUUGGUGAAAGAGUUCUCAUGUAUUUUAAGUCUGAACCACAGGAACAAGAAGAGCUGGAAGUUGAAUUUCUAGUGGAACCUGCGUCAGGUCCACCUGAAACCAUAAUAACGAAUGGAGUUCUAGUGUGUCGUGAGGUUUGCAGACUGGAAGCAGAGGUGAACCAGGAAAAGCCCCAUAAGUCAAAGAAAAAUCUUUCACUUUCAUUGAAAGGAUCUUGUGAAGGCACUCACUGUUUUAAGUUGGGUUCAGAUGCUAUUGUUUCACCGCCAUGUCCCACAGCAUUCCACUAUGUCAAGUACAAGGAUCCAGUUUUGGAUGUUAUGCUACCGCCAAAGAAGUCACGCUGUAAUCUAAGUACCUGUUGUUAUAGCACCAAAGGAGAUGUUCCACCUGUCAUGCUGAAUUCCUUGCCCAUGGGAGAGAAAGUACCAAUAGUAGAGGAGAAAAAGUACGAUUUGCAUGUGAAAGUGGAUGACUGUCAUUAUUCCUGCCCAGCAGACCUAGAUGUGCGCUUGGGAUAUGAUCUGUGCCCACAGGAACAAGAGUUCUUAUACAAACGAAAGAGACGAGUGGCUCAAGCUCUGAAGCAGGUUCUCCAACUAGAUUAUGACUUGCAAGAUCACGAGGUUCCUGUGGUGGCAGUCAUGACAACAGGAGGUGGGACAAGAUCAUUCACAACAACUUAUGGCUCUAUAACGGGUCUCAAAAAAUUAAAUAUCUUAGACUGUGUAACAUACAUAUCUUGUCUGUCUGGCACUUCAUGGGCCAUGGCACACCUGUAUAGAGAUGCUUAUUGGUCCCAGAAGGAUCUAGAUGAAAAAAUAAAUGAGGCUAAGAAACAAGUGACCAAAAGCAAGAUAGAAAUGUUUACCAUGGAGCGUACAAAAUACUAUUAUCAACAGCUGCGUCAACGGAAACAAGAAGGACACAAGACAACAUUUAUAGAUCUCUGGGGACUCAUCAUAGAGUAUUUGUUAAAUGAUGGGAAAGAUAACCACAGGCUUUCGGAGCAGAGAGAAGCUUUGAUAGAUGGUCAAAAUCCACUGCCUGUCUAUGUAACCAUCAAUAUCAAGGACAAGUACAGCACUCAUGACUUCAAAGAAUGGCUGGAGUUCACUCCCUUUGAGGCGGGGUUCCUGAAAUAUGGAGCAUUUGUGCAUCCAGAAAACUUUGGAAGUGAAUUCUUCAUGGGCCGUCUGAUAAAAAAACUUCCAGAAAGCAGAAUGUGCUAUCUUCACGGUAUGUGGAGUAGCAUAUUUUCACUAAACCUGUUGUAUAUAUGGAACACAGUUAACAAUUCAGAGGAAUUCUGGCAUAGAUGGACUCGAGACAAGAUAAUAGAUAUUGAGGAAGAGCCUGAUUUAACUACAAAGCCAUAUGACAUAAGAAGCCACAUGUUUAUCCCAGCUGGAGAUCUUGCCAAUAUGAUUCGAGGGGCCUUAACUGAUCGCCUUUCAGUUGCUCAGUACCACAAUUUCCUGAAGGGUUUUCAGAUGCAUAACUAUUACUUGGAGAAUGAACGUUUUCAUAGAUGGAAAGCUACUGUAUUGGAUCAUCGUCCCAAUCAACUGAUGGAACAUGGAGACCAUCUGGGACUGGUGGAUGCUGGAUUUUUCAUCAAUACAAGUUGUCCACCACUCUUAAGACCAGAGAGAAAAGUUGAUGUCAUUGUGCAUUUGAGUUACAGUGCAGGCUCACAAACACUGCCCCUAGAACAAGCUUGCAAGUACUACAGAGAGCAAGGUAUCCCAUUCCCAAAUGUUGUCCUUACGGAACAAGACAGGAAAGAGCUGAGGGAAUGCUACUACUUUAAUCAAUCAGAGGUCUCUGGCUGUCCAAUCCUGCUUUUCUUCCCAUUAGUGAAUGAUACCUUCCGAUACUACAAAGCACCUGGUGAAAAACGCUGUUGCGAAGCUGAAAUGGCUGCAGGGAAUGUCGAUGUUUCCACUUGCAAGACCCCCUACUCUACUUACUGUCUCAGAUACAGUGAUGAGAAUUUUGACAAGCUAGUAAACCUGUGCGAGUACAACAUCUUGAAUAAUGAACACCUGAUUCUGCAGGCUUUGCAUGCAGCUGUGGAACAGAAAAGGCAGCAUUGUUGCAAGAAUUAAUCCCUUUCUGAUGUGACUGAAUUUUUUAAAAAAAUCUUCCAAACUUGUGGGGCAGGCAGAAGAUCAAGCAAUGAUUGGCUACAAUUAAUGGUUAAUUUGAAGACUUCACUGGAAUUAAUUUCAUCUUUCUUAUGAACAUGUUUCAUGUUGCAGCAUGGGCACCUUUUCAAAUUUCAGCAAGGGAGAGUAAGCUGCAAAGGCCCACUCCUGGAUAUAUUUAAUAAUAAAUUGCAAAAGAAAAGGGUAUUUAAAGAACUCAUGUCUACUUUUUCUAAGAACUAUGACAGAAUUGUCAGCACAGGUCAAAUAGUUGCGCAUGUACACACAUAUUAAAAGCAUAGUGAAAGUA